AUGGUGCCACUGCUGCUGCUGUCCCUGCUUUGGGGGGGGUCCCUGCAGGAGGACCAGGGGUACUGGCUCCGAGUGCAGGAAUCAGUGACGGUGCAGGCGUGCCUGGGUGUCCACGUGCCCUGCUCUUUUUCCUACCCUCGGAGUUUGUGGUACUCCUAUGGAGAACCCUUCAUCUAUUGGUUCCGGGAAGGGGACAACAUACACAGUGAUCCUGUGGCCACAGACAACCCAGGUAGACAAGUGAAGCCAGAGACCCAGGGCCGAUUCCACCUCGUCCGGGACCGCAGGAAAAAGAACUGCUCCCUGAACAUCAGAGAUGCCAGGAUGAGCGACACAGGAGUCUACAUCUUCCGAGUGGAGGGGGAUGAUGUGAAAUACAGUUACAGGGAUAAGAAACUGAAUUUGCAGGUGACAGCCCCAACAGAGAAACCUGACAUCCAUUUUCUGGAGGCUCUGGAGUCCGGCCGCCCCACGAAACUGACCUGCCACCCGUCAGUAGUCUGUGGUUGGGGAACAGUUUUCUCAUUCUCCUGGGCGGGGGAUGCCCUUGAUGCCAUGGACCCAGAGACCCUCCACUCCUGGGUGCUCAUCUUCACCCCGAGGCCCCAGGACCAUGGCACCAACCUCACCUGCCGUGUGGAACUCCAAGGAGAUCAAGUGACCAUGGAGAGAACCAUCCGGCUCAAUGUGUCAUAUGCUCCGUGGAACCUCAGCAUCAACCUCUGCUUCAGAAAUGUCACAGCCCUCAAGGCUCUGCAAAACAGCUCAUCCCUUCUCAUCUCGGAGAGCCAGGCUCUGCAGCUGCUCUGUGUCGCUGACAGCAACCCCCCAGCCCGGCUGAGCUGGGCCCGAGGGGGACAGACGCUGAGCCCCUCCCAGCCCUCAGAUCCUGGGGUCCUGGAGCUGCCUCAGAUACAAACAGAGCAUGAAGGAGAAUUCACCUGCCGAGCUCAGAACCCUCUGGGCUCCCAGAAUACCUCUCUGAGCCUCUCCGUGGUCUCCCCCCCGCAGCUGCUGGGACCCUCCUGCUCCCAGGAGGAUGAGGGUCUGCACUGCGACUGCUCCUCCCGAGCCCAGCCGGCCCCCUCCCUGCGCUGGCGGCUGGGGGAGGGGCUGCUGGAGGGGAAUUUCAGCAACGCCUCCUUCAAGGUCACCUCCAGCUCGGCUGGGCCCUGGGCCAACAGCUCCCUGAGCCUCCGCGACGGGCUCAGCUCUGGCCUCGGACUCGGCUGCGAGGCCCUGAACGUCCACGGGGCCCAGAGCGCCACUGUCCUGCUGCUGCCAGGGAAACCGGCAUCCCUGACCGGAGUGGUUCGUGGGGCCCUUGCAGGUGCCGGUGCCACGGUCCUGCUGUCACUGUGCUUGUGCCUUAUCUUCUUUUGCAUAGUGAAAGCCCGCAGAAAGCAGGCAGCCAGGAGACCAGAGGGUGCGGAUGGUGAAGACCCCGUCAUGGGUACCACCGCCUGUGGUUCCAGGCAAAAGCCCUGGCCAGACGGCCCCCCAGACCAGACGUCGUCCCCUGCAGAGGAUGCCCCACCUUCAGGGGAGCAACAGGAGCUCCAUUACGCCUCCCUCAGCUUUCACGGGAUGAAGUCUCGUGAGCCUGUGGACCAGGAGGCCACCAGCACCACCGAGUACUCAGAGAUCAACACAAGCUAA